AUGCCGGAGCCUCGCGGGUCGUCGCCCCUGCGGGUGAACGCGGCGUUCGCGGCGCGGUACGGCCGCUACCGUGAGCGAGAGGAGCUGCAGCGGCUGAAAGAUCGCUACGGGGACCAGCACUGCGGCAGCGACUCCAGCUCCGAGUCUGAUUCCAGCGACGAGCACGUGGAAUUUGACCCCCAGCAAGAGCGUGACUUCUACAGAACUCUCUCCUUGUUGAAGAAGAAGGACCCCUGCAUUUAUCAGAAAGAUGCCACCUUCUAUCAGCGAACAGCAUCGUCCUCAGAGAGCGAAGAGGAGCCGGCAGCUGAGAGGAGAAAGAAGGUGCAGCCCAUGUACCUGAAGGACUAUGAGAGGAAGGUUAUCCUGGAGAAAGGAGGCAUAUAUGUCGAUGAGGAGAAUUCAGAUGGGGAAACCUCCGAUCAGAGACUCCAGCAGACCUCGUCGAAGAGUUAUGUGGAAGAACAGAAACAGCUGAAGGAAAGCUUCCGGGCAUUUGUGGAGGACAGUGAGGAUGAAGACAGUGCCAAGGAAGGUGGCUCUGGGUUGCUGCAGAAACGUGCUAAAAGCAAAGAGGAGAAGGCCCAGGAGGAUGCUGACUACAUUGAGUGGCUGAAGGGGCAGAAGGAGAUUCAGAACCCCGACACCCUGAAAGAACUGACUCACCUCAGGGAGUUCUGGAACAAUCCAGAGCUGGACGAGGGGGAGCGCUUCCUGCGAGAUUACAUCCUCAACAAACGCUAUGAGGAAGAAGGGGAGGAGGAAGAGGAGGAGGAGGAAGAGGAAGAGGAGGAAAGGGUCCCUGGUCCCCCGGUCCAGCUAGCUGUGGAUGACUCCUCAGACGAGGGAGAACUGUUUCUGAAGAAGCAGGAGGACUUUGAGCUCAAGUACAACUUCCGCUUUGAGGAGCCAGACUCUGCCUUGGUCAAGACCUACCCUCGGAGCAUCGCCUCCUCUGUGCGCCGAAAGGACGAACGCAGGAAGGAGAAGAGGGAGGAGACACGGGAGCGGAAGAAGAGGGAGAAAGCGAGGAAGCGGGAGGAACUCAAGCAGCUGAAGAACCUGAAGAGGAAGGAGAUUCUGGCCAAGCUGGAGAGGCUGCGGCAGGUCACGGGCAACGAGACGCUGGGCUUUGAAGAGCAGGACCUGGAGGAUGACUUUGACCCUGCCCAGCACGACCAGCUCAUGCAGAAGUGCUUCGGGGACGAAUACUAUGGCGCCAUGGAGGAGGAGAAGCCGCAGUUUGAGGAAGAAGAAGGGCUGGAAGACGACUGGAACUGGGACACGUGGGCUGGGCCGGAGCAAGGUGGAGCUUGGAGCCAACAGGAGCCGCACUGCGAGGACCCCGACUUCAAUAUGGACGCCGACUAUGACCCCAGCCAGCCCCGGAAGAAGCAUCGAGAGGCCCCUUCGUUGGGCAAGAAGAAGCGAAAGUCGCCCUUUGCUGCGGCCGUGGGACAGGAGAAACCUGUGUUUGACCCCGGGGACAAGACAUUCGAGGAGUACCUGGACGAGUAUUACCGGCUGGACUACGAGGACAUCAUUGAUGACCUGCCCUGUCGCUUCAAGUACCGCACAGUGGUGCCCUGCGACUUUGGACUUAGCACUGAGGAGAUCCUCGCUGCUGACGACAAGGAGCUGAAUCGGUGGUGCUCCCUGAAGAAGACCUGCAUGUACAGGUCGGAGCAGGAGGAACUGCAGGACAAGAGGGCAUACAGCCAGAAGGCCCAGAACGUAUGGAAAAAGCAGCAGAUCUUCAAGUCACUCUGCCCAGAGGAGGCAGAGAUGCCCACGGAAGCCACAGGGAAGCCACAGAGAGACAGAGCUGGCCCAUCGGGACAGCUGGUGGCACUUGAUGGGGCCUGUGGCAAGCAGUCCCAGCCCGAGAGCACCCCAGCACAGGAAGAGGCAGACCCUGUGACACCCACGGAGAAGCUGGCCCCCCAGAGGCGGAAGAGGGGCAAGAAGGCACGUCUCCUGGGCCCCACAGUGACACUCGGGGGACGUGAGUUCAGCCGCCAGAGACUGCAGGCCUUUGGCCUCAACCCCAAACGGCUGCACUUCCGGCAGCUGGGCCGACGACAGAGGAAGCAGCAGGGGCCCAAGGGCAGCCACUGA